GGUCACCUCCCAUGCUUCAUUCCAUGCAUGAUCCUAAUCUGCCAACCAACCGAUGACAACUUACCACAACCUAACGUCCACUGCCAAGUCGCAUAACAAACCAAGCUCGCCCUCUGUGAUUCGGUGAUCGGCACGACUACGGCGACCAUGGCGGUCGACUGCCCCAUCUGCAACAAGCCUGUCAAAUCGUCCGAGAUCAACAGCCACAUCGACUCAGGAUGCGAGAGCUUCAUCAUAGACAAAGAGAAGGCCCCGACACCACCGCAAUCACAGACACCACAAAGUAACUCUCAGAAACGAAGCGCUUCUAACUUCUUCUCUACGGCCGCGCCCAAACGACAAGCUGCCUCAGAGAACCGAACAGCGACUCCCGUCAACGGAGCAUUACAACCCAUAGCAGGGAAGAAAAGGACUUUCGAAGAAGGCCCAGGUCAUGGGGUAGCAAGCUUCAAGGAUGCGGAAGAGACGACGAACGGCGAGAAUGCCAACGGAACGAGUACUUGGUCUCCAAAUACUGAGCAGGAUGGAAGAGCGGCGAAGAAGACAAAGACACAACGAGCUGCGCCUUUGGCCGAACGAAUGCGACCACGAAACCUCGACGAAGUAUGCGGACAAGAUCUAGUCGGACCAAAUGGUGUGCUGCGCUCUCUGAUCGAGUCGAACCAAGUACCCUCGAUGAUUCUCUGGGGUGCUUCAGGCACAGGAAAGACGACAAUAGCACGAUGUAUCGCUCGUAUGGUCGGCAGUCGGUUCAUCGAACUCAAUGCGACAAGUACAGGAGUCAGCGAGUGCAAGAAAUACUUCCAAGAGGCGAUGAAUGAUCUUGCUCUUACUGGUCGCAAGACCAUAAUAUUUUGUGAUGAGAUUCAUCGCUUCAAUAAGGCCCAGCAAGACGUGUUCCUCAAGCCUGUUGAGGCCGGUACUGUGACGCUCAUCGGCGCAACUACAGAGAACCCUUCUUUCAAGGUGGCAAAUGCUUUGCUCUCCCGAUGUCGUACCUUUACGUUGCAGUCUCUUACAGCAGAGGAUGUAGUACGCAUUUUACAGCGGGCAAUCAAGGAGGAAGAAUCAGUUUAUCCGCAAACACCAUUAUUGGACGAAGCUAUGGUGACCUACCUGGCACGCUUUGCGGAUGGUGAUGCUCGUACUGCCUUGAACCUCCUCGAGCUCGCCCUUUCGCUCACAACUCGUGAGGGUAUCACACAAGAAGAUAUCAAAGCCGCCCUUACCAAGACUCUCGUUUACGACCGUGCAGGCGACCAACAUUACGAUACUAUUUCUGCUUUCCACAAGUCAGUCCGUGGAAACGAUGCAGAUGCGGCACUCUACUAUCUUGCUCGCAUGCUCCAAUCCGGCGAGGACCCCUUAUUCAUCGCCCGCCGCAUGGUUGUCAUUGCCUCCGAAGACGUUGGCCUGGCGGAUAACACCCUCCUACCACUUGCUACGGCAACAUACACAGCCACACAACAAAUUGGCAUGCCAGAAGCUAGGAUACCUCUGGCACACUGUACUGUUGCGCUAUGUAAUGCGCCCAAGAGCACCAAGGCCUACCGUGCUCUCAACAAUGCCUACGCAGCCCUACGCGAACCAGGUGUGGCCGGUCUUCCUGUACCUCUGCAUCUGCGCAAUGCUCCUACAAGACUCAUGCGUGACAUGGGAUAUGGCGCUGAGUACAAGUAUCCACCAAAUUACCGUGAUGGACAGGUGAAGCAGACAUAUUUACCCGAAGAACUUGUUGGACGUCGGUUUGUUGAGGACCGGGAUCUAGGAACAGAAGUUGAUCCAGAUCUUGAGAUGGGCGGAACAUAGUUAUAUGGAUGGAAUCUGGAAUAGACUGGAUGGCAUAAGGAAAUGGAUAAAAAGCGUAGUUUUGCAUUGUCUCAGGAGUAAGGAUAGCGUUGGCUACCCCCAGGGGUUUAUAAUACUGUACUAUAAAUGCUGUGCCAUAGAGACUUGGAAACAGAGACUAAAAU